AGCUUCAAAAGUCACCAUCACAGAUCUGCCAGAGUUUCUUGGCCUUAUGGAGAAAAACAUCAUGGAAAACCAAGAUCGUUUAGGGUGUCCAGUGGAGGCGAGAGAGCUCAACUGGGGGAAUGAGGAACAAAUCAGGGAAUUUCCCAUUCCUGAUGUUGUGCUUGUGGCUGACUGCAUCUACUAUGAGCAGUCUCUGGAACCACUGGUGUCAACUCUUUACAAGCUAUGCAGUCCAGAUACAAAAGUCCUUCUCAGCUAUGAGGAAAGAACCAUUGGAAAUAAGCCGUUGCUCCAGAAGAAGUUUUUUGAGAUGAUGGAAGAGCACUUUUGCAAAGAGAAAAUUGCCUUAGAAGAACAGCAUGAACUUUAUAGGUGUGAGGACAUCCACAUCUACAAGUUCAGUCGGAGAUGAUGAAAGGUUUUGAAUAAGCUUAAGAAAAUUGAUGGUGCUUUUUCAGAAUACAAUAAAAUGUAUGAUAAA